CUCAAUCGAUUUUCCCACUCACUUGAAAAAGCUACCAUCUUGGGAAUGGAGUGAAAAUUUUCCUGUUCCUCGACAUAGUUUGAAAAAUUGUGCAGCAAUUUGUGGUCUGUUCGAAUGAAAAAGUGUCCUAACGUGCAUCUCGGGACGGUAUUGUGCUGAUUUUAUACCGAGCAAAAGAUGAAUCGUGCGGGUAGUUGUUGUUGAGGAGGAUUUGUCCUGUGCUUCAAGUAGUGUUACCGAGCAGAAGAAAAAUAGCAGUUUUGUCCUGAAACCAGCGAAAAUCUUCGCAGCAAUACAGUUGGUCAACUAAUUAAUGGACAGCAAUUGAAGGCAUUUGUGGUUGAAAAAAAAGCUCAUUACACGAGUGGCAAGUGGGAGAUGAAGAUGCAUGCGGAAAUUAUCUUUUGAUUUUGGUUACGUCCUGGAAAAACGGAUAAAGCGGAAAUUAAAUAAUUCAUGUGACUGUGUGUGCUUUCUACAGCGAAAAAAAAUCCAAAAUGGCUCCGGGAAUAUGGAAAAGGGAGGCUGAACCCGAUACCGAUGCAGCGGAGAUAGCAGAAGCUGCAACUACUUUGGCGACGAAAAUCUUCGGACACAAGCAUCCCCAUCGUACGACGACGGCAUCGGAGCUAGAAACAGAGGAAAAUGACGACUACUCCAGUACCGCCUUGCCGACGAAGGGCGAGGCGGAGAAAAUCGGAGACAAGGCGGCCGAAAUGACCGAACAGCUGGCACAGGAGAUGGGCAUCCCGACGUGGGGCCUGGUGUCCAUCAUCAUCUUCGUCCUGCUGAUCAUCCUAGGCAUCUGUGGCUUCUGCAUUCGGCGCUUCUUCCGCAAGAGGCGCUCCAAAGACGGCAAGAAGGGCAUGAAAGGAGUCGAUAUGAAAUCGGUACAAUUAUUAGGUUCAGCAUACAAAGAAAAGGUUCAACCCGACAUGGAAGAACUGACGGAAAAUGCGGAAGAGAACGACGAAGGGGAAAGCAAACAGAGUGAGCAGAAGCUAGGAAAGCUACAGUACAAGCUUGAAUACGAUUUCAACGCUAAUGCCUUGACUGUGACUGUAAUUCAGGCGGAAGAGCUACCAGCCCUAGACAUGGGUGGUACCUCUGAUCCUUACGUGAAAGUCUAUCUGCUGCCAGAUAAGAAGAAAAAGUUUGAAACCAAGGUUCACAGGAAAACUCUUAGUCCGGUAUUUAACGAAUCGUUCACAUUCAAGAGCCUUCCGUAUGCCGAGGCCAUGAACAAGACGCUAGUGUUCGCCAUAUUCGAUUUCGAUCGAUUCUCCAAGCACGACCAGAUCGGUGAGGUGAAGGUGCCCCUCUGUCAGAUCGAUUUGGCCCAAACUAUCGAGGAGUGGCGGGAACUACAGAGCGUCGAAGGCGAAGGUGGUCAGGACAACAAGCUGGGAGAUAUCUGCUUCUCGUUGCGCUAUGUACCCACUGCAGGUAAAUUAACCGUCGUAAUCUUGGAGGCGAAGAACCUGAAGAAAAUGGACGUCGGAGGAUUGUCAGAUCCAUACGUAAAAAUUGCGCUGAUGCAGAAUGGAAAGCGUUUGAAAAAGAAAAAGACUAGUAUCAAAAAAUGCACACUAAACCCCUACUACAAUGAGUCGUUCUCAUUCGAAGUUCCUUUCGAACAAAUACAAAAAGUGAACCUGGUAGUCACCGUGGUGGAUUACGAUCGCAUCGGUACGUCGGAACCAAUCGGUAAGGUCGUCCUGGGUUACAACGCGAGCGGAACCGAGCUGCGUCACUGGUCCGACAUGCUGGCAUCGCCGAGGCGUCCAAUCGCACAAUGGCACACGCUGAAGGACCCCGAGGACGAUAAGAAGGACUAAGGCGAACCGAUCCCAGCAGGCGGGGCUGAACGUUAAUCGAAAGUUUGGCGAGAGAAGAAGUAAAAAAAACACAAACACACACGAGAGACUAGAGACAGAUUAAGUGAACCAAAAGGAAUCAUAGUGAACGCAUUACUAAGCAAAAAAAAUAGGAAAAACACUCUGAACGGAAAGAAUGGUGAAUAGGAUAAAAGUUGAGCGAAAAGUAGAGCUACAAGCGAUUGAAAACCGUUCGAUCCGAUUCAGAUGUAACGAAGCUCUAUCAGGUUUAUGUAAAAAUUAAAAAAAAGUUAAUGUUUGUUUCGUUUUUCCUAAAAAGUAUUUUUAGAAUGUGGUGGUAAAUUACAAACAAAACAAUGGCCGAUCGAAGGUUUGUAUUAGUAAAGCAUAAAAAGAAUAAAAACAGUUAUUGGACUGAAUUGCCGAAGCUUGUAAACGAUUGUUAUUGUUUUCGAAAUCUUGCUGGAAGGCGACAUUGAUAAGUUCCAGACACAUCUCGUUAGAUUUUUGGCAGAAGCUCAGUUUUCUUAUGCAUAGCAUAUUGGGUAGGACAUCGGAUCGUAGUACAUUAAAAAACAUAAGCAAAGCAUUCAGUCUGAUAAACAAAAAGUGCGCCUAUUGUGCAUCUUUUCUAGUUAUUGCAUAUCUCUUAAAAACCGAUGCUUCAGCACGUGACUAGUGUGGGACUGAGGCGUUCCUUCGUUGCGACUAGUAGGCGAUGAUUUUAGGAUCAUUUCAAGCGCUCCUGUCCCUCACGAAGUAGCGGCGAAUUUCACUAACUCACGGGGUAAAUCUGAAGAUGAUAUAAAUAGAUAGCUCUGUAACGCGACAAGAUUUAAAAUUGUAGAACCGUUGAAGUGAAAAUUAAAAAAAAAUAAACAGAAACAAAAUACGUCAAACAAACAAUAACACAUGGUCCCACUUUGAUGUUGUAGAAAAGAAGCACAAUAAUAGCCUAAAUUAUGCUACGAAAAAGACAGUCGCACCGACACUUGUGAAUAGGUAAACCAAAGAUGAAAAACAGUGGGCAAAAUAACGAAAUAAUAAAUGUAUGUUAGAACAUUUUAAGUAGACAAGGAUGGCUUUCGUGUUUGGUUUCGAGCGGUAAAAAAUACAAACCAUAUAUCAGUAGAAGAAAAAAAAGAAGACACGCGGUUGCUUCGUUCGCAAGAAGUCCUAGUAGGCGUGCGCGAUUGACGAGUGACUGUAAACUAAUGCUGAAAUAGAAAAAACACAAAAGGCUUGACAGUUUGCAUAUUGCCUUGACUGUUUAGUACAUUUGUGUGAGAUUUUCUUAUUCCGGACAGUACAUUUGGAAUGAAAUUCAUUGUUUUUCGACGUUCCAUUUUUUGUACAUUCGCGUAAUGGUUUUUAAUGUUAUUAUCCUGAUUCAAGAGAAGCCUUCGCAGAUUCAAUCAAUUCGAACAAAACUGGACCAUUCAACCUGUUGGAUUCUGCUUUCUAGGUGACAAAAUGUGAAAUCAGCAAACCGAUGAAAAAACACAGCAACUUUUAAAACACCUCACCGAACGAACAAAAUAAGGCUUAGGAUAAAUGUUUACAAUCAGGCUUUAGGUUACUCAUCACGAUAGAUGCAUUCCACAACCAAUACACGAACAGACACACCUGCAUACAUACAUACACAACAGAAAAGACACUAUUAUCAAGGUAUUUAUUCCGUCGGAAGUAAAUAGGUUCACCAAUUCCUUAGAUUACAGUUAAUGAGUUCGAGGAAAUAUUAUGAAAGCUGUACUUCUUGUUGAAACAAAAAAAAAAUAUAAAAAGUUAUAAAAAAGCUAUUUACUGUUAAAUAAGAUGAUCUAUCUAUUGAAUUAUAUAUACAUAUUAUCAAGUUGAUCAAAUUUGAAUACGAAUAUUCUCAUAAAAAUACAGUAUUUGUACACUCAGCUAUAUCAGUUCAAACAUUCUAAUGACAUUAGCAGCGAUAAACUCUGUAAAAUCUGAACAACAGAACAAGAAAUCUUUGUAUCUAUAGUCCAGUUCAGAACUUAAAAAAUACAAAAGCUACCAAGCGUUGACUUGGUUCUACAUAGGAAUUUUUUCCAGUGUAUUACUUGGUAUAAGUCAACGCUCGGAUUGCCUUUUCAUCCUAAACGUGUUCUUUUCCAAAAAAAAAAAAACGAAAGAAUAGUUGCGAUUUACUAGAGAUUCACCUAAUAUCAUAACUACUAGAUAUGUACUUUCGGUGAUUUCAACUCAAGACUAAAACACCUUUUCAAUGUGCAAGCCUUUUUAAUUUGUACUUUUUCACGCUUACACAUCUAGAAAAAGAAAACUAUCCCGUCUAGUAGGAAGACCCGACAAUCCAGCAAUUAGAUACAUAAUCAACAAUUCUUGGAUAGUUGGAGUUUUCUGAUUAGGCUACCGACCGACGAGACCUUACUUCCGUUAUCCAAUGUUAGUUUCGGUAGGAUUUUAAGCUGACCUAAACGUGAUUCCUUGUGUAAAUAUUUAAAAACAAGUUUGGGUCUUUCCAGGUAUUUAUUUUUGUUUGUUUAUUUUUCGUUUGGAGUAGACGAGCAGACGAACCGUCACUCGGGAGAAUAGUAGGAUGGAUAUAACAGACACCUCUUCUUUAACGAUCCAAAAUGCACCUCAUAGCACAGCGUUAGAGCGAAUUGUGUUACCAUAGCGACUACAGUGACUACUAGGCAAAACUAAAGUGUACACAUACGACAAUUCUCCGUAGAAAUAAUUGAUGAUACUUGAGCUGUUUUUAAAUGGCAUGCUUUAGCGUGACUUUCACUCUCCCCAUAGAACUAAAACCGUAGGCUAAGUUACUCUUCCAUUCCACACAAUGAACAGGAACUGUGAAGGAAGGGAACUUAUACACGAAAUACAAACAAUCGUUAGAAAUUACGAGGACUGAGGCAGAGAGGUUUUAAAAAGAAUAA